ACAGUCGGUACCGUGAUCUGCGUGUGGAGACUAUGGCGUUCCGGAGUGCUGUGUAACGGGCGGACUGAGGGGGAAUCUCACUGUUUCACCGCCUUCAUGUUCACAGUCACCCCGGGAGAGACGGACUGAGGAAAAGAGGAGAAAUGGGCUCCCGCAUCAAGGACAGCCCUGAGACCACCUUUGAGAUGUACAUGGAGGUGGGCCAUUCUGGGACGGUGGGCACAGAGCCGGAGGUGCGGAGAGUUUUUCCUGAGGACUAUGCUGAGCAGGAAACUCUGCAGACUGUGCCAAAAUUUUGUUUCCCCUUCAGUGUGGACAGUCUGGCAGUGGGUCAGGUGGGGCAGAACUUCACCUUUGUUCUGACUGAUAUUGACAGUAAGCAGCGUUUUGGGUUCUGCCGUCUCUCGUCUGGAGUUCAGAGUUGUUAUUGCAUCCUCAGUUAUCUUCCAUGGUUCGAGGUGUUUUACAAGCUGCUGAACGUGCUGGCUGACUACACCAUUAAAGGACAGGAGAGUCAGUGGAGGGAGCUGCUGGAGUCUCUGUAUGCGUUACCAAUCCCUGAACCUGGAGUCCCUGUACACCUGAGCGUGCAUGCCUUUUUCUCAGUGCCUGAUCUGAGGGAGUUGCCAAGUAUUCCGGAAAAUAGGAACCUGACGGAGUAUUUUGUAGCAGUAGAUGUGAAUAACAUGCUCCACCUGUACGCCAGCCUGCUGUAUGAGCGCAGGGUCCUCAUCAGCUCCAGCAAACUGAGCACUUUAACAGCGUGUGUCCACGGUGCAGCAGCCAUGUUGUAUCCCAUGUACUGGCAACAUGUUUACAUCCCGGUUCUGCCACAGCAUCUGAUAGACUACUGCUGCGCGCCGAUGCCGUACCUCAUAGGAGUUCACUCAAGCCUGAUGGAGAAGGUCAGAGGAAUGGCUCUGGAUGAUGUUGUCAUUCUCAACGUGGACACUAACACGCUGGAGACACCGUUUGAUGAUCUGCAGAGUCUUCCUAACGAUGUGGUGUCUUCUCUGAAGAAUCGCUUGAAAAAGGUUUCCACGACAACAGGAGACGGAGUAGCCAGAGCGUUUCUGAAAGCACAGGCUUCUCUGUUCGGCAGCUACAGGAGCGCUCUGCGCAUAGAACCGGAGGAGCCGAUUACGUUCAGUGAGGAUGCGUUCAUCACACAUCGAUCCAGCACCAUGAGACAGUUCCUCCAGAACGCCAUCCAGCUCCAGCUGUUCAAACAGUUUAUAGACGGGCGUUUGGAGCUGCUGAACUCUGGUGAAGGUUUCAGUGACGUGUUUGAGGAAGAGAUUAAUAUGGGGGAAUAUGCUGGCAGCGAUAAAGUUUACCAUCAGUGGCUUCUCACAGUGAAGAAGGGCGGUGGAGCCAUCUUCAACACCGUGAAGACGAAAGCAAAUCCUGCCAUGAAAACCGUCUACAAGUUUGCCAAAGAUCACGCGAAGAUGGGUAUCAAAGAAGUGAAGAGCCGCCUUAAACAGAAGGAACUGACGGAGAACGGUUACUCCGGCAACAGAGACGAACCUGGCUCCGCCCACAUACCCUCCACACACAGUAAGGACUCGCUCACCUGGGAACAGAGACGACCAAUCACAGUGCACUUCGGACAGUCGGAGCGAGGUCAGCCCCCUCGGCCCACCCGCCCCCAGCGUCCCCCUGCCCCCCAGCGCCCCCCUCCCCCACACCCCUCCAAACUGCAGCGCAGCAGUCGUCCAGCUCGUCCUCCUCGGCCGCUGGUGGCGAAGAGGCCGCGCAGUAACGUGGGAUUGGAGGGCAGUCCUGAACACUGUAUGCGCCCUACGCGUCACUACACUGUGUUUCUGUGUGAGGACUCUUCUGGUGAUGAGCUUUCACAGGACGACGACUCCGUCUCUGCUUUUCCUGACCACUUCCUGCUCUCCGCCCCCUUUGAAUGGCCUCAGCCUUACAGAUCUCUUAAGGAGGCGGAGCUUGUGGAGGAGGGUGAGGAGGUGGGGGCAGAGCGUUUCCAGGGCAACACUGCCCCACCCAGCCCAAUACAGGAUAAAUUCUCUGAGCUGAGUCUGUUGGAGACUUCCUUCAGCAGCCAGCAGGGGGAGCCCACGCAUGCUUCCCGCACUAAACUCUACAUGCACGUACCGCUUGGUCCAGCACGGAGUCUGGAAGAGCUCAGCUCAGUGCCCGAGACGCAGGAGCAGCGCGCCAACUUCAACUAUCAGCGCAUGGAGAUUAGUGGCGAUGAACGUACUCGCACUCUCCCGGGACUCAAGCACUCCAGUUAUAACAAGUUGCGCAGCCAGAAAGGGCCGGACGAUGUGACUGUUUCAGACCGUGAGUCUCCUUGCUGGGAGCGGCCUCUAUCCGUCCCACCCCUGGAGCCACCAGAGCCACGCCCACCGAGCAGCGAGAGUCCCGCCCCGACCCAGGAGAGCGCAGAGAGGACGGAGACUGGCAGCAUAACCAUCCCACGCCCUCAGGGCCGCAAAACGCCCGAGCCGGGAAAGGUGUUGGCACCAGCCGUCACCUUGCUGCAGUGCCUGAAGCAGGGGGACAAAGAGGUGGGGCUAAGUGUGAGUGCGGGGGGGCAGGAGUUCCGACAAGCACUCAACAUGUCCCCUUUGUCACAGCCCUGCCCAGCCAGUGCGGAGGCAGAGCCCGACUUGCUCAGCCUGCUGGACCCUCUGAGUGGUGCAGAAGAACCCCGCCCACCUCCCAAACCUCCUGUCCCCCCACGGCCUGCCCUGCCCACGUUCCCGCCCCCUCUUUCCCUCAACCCCUUCACACAACACCCCCAGUACACCCUCCAGAGACACUACAGCCCUGUCGCUCCCAGCAACCCCUUCAGCUCCACUUACGUGCCUCCUCAAACUGGCACUUACUUCAACGCUCCACCCCCCCGCCCCCUCUCAGUGUUCGGUCAGCCUUCUGCUUUGGGUGGAACUCAGGCGAGUGGGGCGUGGCCACCUGCCAAAAUCCCACCCACUUCCAACAGCAGCAGCUCUCUCUCUAGCUUGUUAGAUUCUCCGGCCCCACCCUCUCUGAGCCAGGCUCUGCCGCCUUCCAAACCUGUAGACGCGCCUCACGACCCCUUCUGUGACCUGCUCACCAUGACAACCAUGCCCACCGGUGUGUCCACGCCCCCUAAGAAAAAAGUGGAGGACUUGCGGAGGAGGUGGGAGACUUUUGAUUAGCCUUGAGCACACCUUACCUCCACUGCUGCUACUGACCAAUGAGGGACAGCACUUGUCUGUUGACCACUGGGUAUUUUUUUAAAGGACUGCGCCCUCUGCUGGCCUGAACGCCCUGCUACAUGUGUGCGAGUGAGUGUGUGCGUACACUAAUGCUCAAACUGCAGCUGUUUGUUUUCCCUGAGUUUAUGAACUGACCUCAGACAAAAUCAGGCCUUCGGCUGACCUCGCGUGCUGUCUACUAGAAUGUGGAAAGGUGAAAGGUCAUGCUCACAGUAGUUUAGCUCGGCAUUUAUCUAAUAGCAUCCAGACUAAUAGUACAGUUUGUAUAGCUACCACUCUGAUGGCGUAGCUGUUGUGGUGUGUAACUUUCUAUCCGCCCCUCUGCAGGCUUUCUUCAUCACAUCGUGCUGUUAGGUACUCACUGAAGCGGCUGUUUAGGGUCAGUGUGAAGGUCAGGGGUUUGGAUUAAGGUGCCACACAAACUAUGACGCCUUCCUCAGCUGAUGCUGCAGUGUUUCCCAGACUUCAUAACACUAUCGUGUAGUCCUAUCCCAAAACCAGAGCCCUUAACCAAGUUUUCACUGAUAAACCUAAACCUGAAGUCAAAUCUGAUCUCAAAUUACUACAAAAUAAAAGUACAUAACACAAAGCACACUAUUCACUACACAACGUCCACUACACACCUUGUAGCCUAAAUAUCAGAGACACUAAACAGGACUCUAGGGCUGCAUGAUAUGGACAAAAUCCUUUUAUUGCAAUUAUGUUGCAGUUUCAGUGGGGAAUAAAUAAUGUGAUGAUAUGCUUAAAGAUUGAUCUGCAUUAUUUGACCAAAAGUAUUAUUUUGCCUUUAUUGAUCUACAUCUAUAUUUGCAUAUUGCAUCUUUCUGAGACAUCUGCGUUGUGAUAAUUAAGGCUGCAACAAAUAUUGGAUAAUAUCAAACACUGACCACACCUGACCAGAUAAGUUGUAUUUGUUUGUAAGAUAAUGAUAAACAGGUGCUUUCUUCAGCGUUGCCAGAUUGGGCAGGAUUAGGUAGCAUUUUAUGCUGCUUCCUAUGAAAAUUAUCUAUCAGUGAUGUUUUUAUAUCAAUAUUUCUUAUAAUAAUUAAUAUUAAUGUUAUAGUGUAAUAACGAUAAUAAAAUAAUAAUGACAAUAAUAAUAAUAAUAAAAAUGAAACAUCUUAAUUUUUUCUUAUUCUUACAGAAUAUUCGAAUGUUAAAGAUAAUACUGGAUAGAAUAUCAUAAAAUUAACACAUUUGAUAGUUGCAGCCCUAAUAAUGACCUUUUCACUCAAACUGAGCCACAGCUUCUCCUGCAAGGGGUGCACUGGAUUAUAACCCCCUUAGGCCUAAUCCUGAUCCCUAAUACUAAUCCUAACACUGAUCCUAACAUUAAUCCUGAUCCCUCAACCUAAUCCUAACCUUAAUCCUAAUCAUGAUCCCUAAUACUAAUCCUAACACUAAUCCUGAUCCCUAGUCCUAAUCCUGAUCCCUAAUACUAAUCCUGAUCGCUAAUACUAAUCCUAAUCCCUAAUACUAAUCUUAACACUAAUCCUGAUCCCUAGUCCUAAUCCUGAUCCCUUACCCUAAUCCUGAUCCCUGACGGCAGCCGCAAAAGUGACAGGCUCUGAAAGCAAGCUCCGCUGAGUUGCUGAGGUCAGCUGGCUGACCGUCAGCUCUACAUGUAGUUAUUAUGUCGUAGUAAUGAGUUAAACGGUGAGGGCUGGGUUGGGGUCACUGUGUGAGAGUUGGGGCAGGUUGUCCUCAGUAGCUCAUCAGUCAUGAUGUCUGUUGUGUCCACUCAGUGCUGCUCAGUGAAAACACACAGCAAAGUUAGACUCUCGGUUCUGUAUUGUUUGGACUGGAUGAACUGGAGUGGACAGGUUGGUGUACAGCGCCUUUUUUCUGGUUCUGGUUGUUGCGGAACAUAGAAGAAGCAGGACUUGUAUUUAAAUAAAAAAUAUGUAAAGUGUUAGGUGAGCAGUGGUCUUAGAUCUCUGUACCAGUCCAAAGAGAUGUGGUAGUUUAGGGUUUAGAGCAUUCUGUGAGGAGUCGCCGCUCGUUCAGCUCAGACGUUAGUGCUGAAUCUCAGCACGUUUAGUGUAAGACGUACAGUAACCAUCAUAAUCUGUUGUGUUUAUUACAGUCUGGUAAGCACCCGUUCCACCCAGUCCAGUGCUGACCAGUAAACCUGACUAAAACCAGCUAAAACCAGUAAACCCUGUUAAAUCACACCACAAUAUUUCAGAUUAGUACAGUGAGGAGGGAUGACUGAAAGGGCAAUUCCAGUGAUUUUUCUAAAUUCCUCCAUAAUUGAGGGUGUGAGGUGUAAACAGAGUGAUUCAGAGUGGUUUGGUGUGAAAUGGUUCAGAUGUCUUUACAGUGGUGGUGAUAGGAACCAGGGGUCGCCAUGACAACGACACAAAUAUAGACAUUUUAUUUACUAUCCAGAACCACCAGUGAACCUACACGAGUCUUCUGAGUUUAUAUGGAAUGUUGAUGAUGGGAAAUAGUGGAAAAUCUGAAAUAAUAAGUUUAUGAAAAAUCAGUGAAGCUCCCUUUGAAGUGCUAGUCAGGCGUCCUCCACUUCACUGAUACUCCUUUUAAGAGUAGUUUGAGUGGGAGGCGAAGGCUGAUGUAGUCUCUCUGAGGAGAUUCAGUCAGUGAUUGAGAGUCAUGGUGCCCUCUACUGGCCCACUGCAGCACUGCAGGCUCACUGGUGAAGGUGCCUUAAAGGACAUUGAAGCGUCGUUCUGUAAAGAAAGGCCGUAAAGCUUGUUUCCUGAGACCUGUCAGUAAAGCAGCUCUGUUAGUGUAGGUUAGUGCGAGCCAGGUGUAUUUACCCCUCUGAACAAAGCCAGGCUGCAGACAGAAGCUUCAAAACACACUUUUUUUGUUGUCUGAAUAUUCCCAGGUUUAUUUGUGCCCUUUUGAAAUGUGAACUCAUGUUUUUCGUUUAUAUCAUCAUCAAGCACUUUGAGUUUGUUUUUAUUUGAAUGGUAUGAUUUUAUGUAUAAUGUAUGUCAGCAUUAAAGAGCACAUAUUAUA